CUGCGUUUUGAUUGCACCGCAUGGGACCGCAGGGAUACCUACAGCAGGGGGAUUCACGCCCCCUUAAACCCUAGCAAAUGCGAUCGGAGUAUCACCUCUCAACAAUCAUCGGCUCUUCUUCUUUCUUAUCUGAGUAUCACCAUCUCUCAACAAUCACAGCUGAGGCAAUCUUUCCUGAAGACACAAGAUAAUCGAUUUCAGGCGCUGAGAGAGAUCCGGAUUCUCAAUGAAUUGAAUGAUCGUAUGACUAUAAAAUCAACCAGAAGAGUUUCGGAUACGAAAGAAAGAUCAGUUUUUAGUCGACUUGGAGGAGGAGGAGGAGGACCAGUUUUCAACAAAGUUUGCUCCUAUUGGCUUGCUGGAAGAUGUAAUAGGAACCCAUGUCGGUUCUUGCACGAAGAAUCGAAGCCCCAACAAUCUAAACUCAGAGGAUCACUGCCCACACAGCCUAAGCAAUACAAUAAAUAUCCUGGGUCGAACACUUGGCAUAGGAGUCCCAACCAUGGCCCCAAAAAGUCAUCUGCCCCUCCAAGUGGUGGAGCUGGGAGUGGAGCUGAAAGUGGUGUUCAAAAGACCCAAGAGAAAUUGAUAUGCCAGUACUGGAUUGGCGGAAAUUGUGUGCAUGGGGACAAGUGCCAGGACUUGCAUUCAUGGUUCAGCGGCCAUAGAUUUUCAAUGAUAGCAAAGCUUGAAGGGCAUGAUAAGGAUGUUACUGGGAUUGCCCUUCCUUCCUGCUCCAACAAGCUUUAUUCGGGGAGCAGGGACAAAUCAGUGCGGGCUUGGGACUGCAGUACUGGUCAGUGUGUUGGUGUUCUUAACCUUGAGGGUGAAAUUGGGUGUAUGAUUAGUGAAGGUCCAUGGGUGUUUGCAGGCUUGCCAAAUGCUGUUAAGGCAUGGAACACCCAGAGUCAUACUGACCUGACUCUUGAUGGACCAGUCGGGGCAGUUCAGGCCAUGGUUGUGGGAAACGACAUGCUUUUUGCUGGAACUCAGGAUGGUACCAUAUUGGCAUGGAAAUCCAGUUCUGAAAAGCUUGCUGCAUCAUUGAAGGGUCACAGUGGUGGUGUUGUUUCACUAGUUGUUGGAGCUAAUAGGCUCUACUCUGGUUCAAUGGAUCACACCAUAAGAGCAUGGGAUCUCGACACUUUAGAGUGUAUUCAUACACUGAAUGGGCACACAGACACUGUGAUGUCAGUUAUUUGCUGGGACAGCUUCUUAUUAUCUUGUUCCUUAGAUGGAACAAUAAAGGCUUGGGGUACUACUGUUGGUGGGAACUUGGAAGUAAUCCACACACGCAAUAUGGGGCAUGGUGUUCUUACGCUCUGUGGGGUACAUGAUGCUACUGAAGAAAAACCAAUCUUGCUUUGCGCAUUUGACGACUGCACUGUCUGCUUAUUGGAGUUACCAUCCUUUAAAGAAAGGGGCAAAAUAUUUGCUAACCAGAAUGUUCGAGCAAUUCAGACAGGGCCUGGAGGCCUUUUCUUCAUUGGUGAUGCAGCAGGUGAGCUGAGUGUUUGGAAAUUGUCGGAAGAGUCCAGCAUGGUGGCUGCUGCAUCGUGAAGAUGAUACCUAACAAAGCUGUCUGUCCCAACUAGUUGGAGUCGUGUAGCCAUUUUGUAUAGAGGCAACCCCAUUGUUUGCACUGUAAUUGUUACUACAAUCCUUUGUACAUCUUAUUAUGCAGGAGGGAAGAUGAAAUGAUGAGAAGCAAAAACAAAAAUUACUCAUUUUUGCCCCCUUCUAGAUGUAAUGUGUAUUGUACUGGUAACCAAUUUAAUCAAUCAAUGCAGCAAUUCUGCAAAUUUAAUUGUUCA